AUGCGUCGCAUUAUAAGGGCUGAGGAUCUUAAAAAAUUACCUACAAAAAGGAAGUACUACCUUUUUGAUAAUGCAGUAGAGAAUUGUGAUCAUGUGGAAUUAAAAAAUAAUAUAAAGAGUAUUACAGGUAGUUAUACAGAACUUCAGAGCGUUUCUGACAAAAUUACCAGAUGCUUAUGUUAUGCAUAUAAAACAAAUAAGACAUUAGAAUUUAGUAAAGAUGACUGUGAUUACCUGUAUUUUUGGUUA